CGAAGUAAACAAACCCGCUGUCAAACGAAAAGCCCGAAAGCUCGCAGCGCGCUGCAAAUUGCACCCAAAACGUAAACAGAUAAAUUUCUUGUCCGGAAAAAUGUUUCCCACCCUGCUGUAUGGCCGCUGUGUGCGCUUGAAUUGGAAAUCGGUUGUGUUUUUAAUGAUGUCGCUAAUCCUGUCACACAUUCGCAUCACCCAGUCGUCAGCCGUUAAUUCCAACAAUCCUGAGGUUACUCCCACCAAGCUCGAAAAAAUCAGCUCCGACACGGACCGAUCGGCUGUAACCAUCAACUCGAGUUCUAAAUCAUCCUCCGACACUAGCCACUGCCCAAACGAUACGCUCUGCACCGAUCUGCCCAACUCCUGCCUGCAGUGCACGUACAACCCGCAGUGUGUGUACGGGGCGGAGAUUAACGUGACCUGCGUGCCGAAAACGAACGUGCUGUGUCACGCGGACCGGCUGAAGACGGCGGCCCAGAACGAGAUCAGGCGCACGAUGGUGUGCCGGUACUGCUACCAGACGGAGCGCUGGGAGCACGGCUGCGAGCAGAAGGGUGGCUGCAACUCGAUCGACUCGCAGUACAAAACCAACUGCACCGUGCACCCGGAGCUGCUGUGCAUGGGCCAUCGCACCUUCAUGAAGAAGAUCCCGUGCAACUGGACGCAGGGCUACCGGUGGUCGACCACACUCAUCCUGAGCAUCACGAUCGGCGGGUUCGGGGCGGACCGGUUCUUCCUCGGCCACUGGCAGGAGGGCAUCGGGAAGCUGUUCAGCUUCGGCGGGUUGGGCGUGUGGACGCUGAUCGAUGUGCUGCUCAUCUCGCUGCACUAUCUCGGCCCGGCCGAUGGUUCACUGUACAUCUGAGCGAAUAGUAGUAGCAGCAGCACCAGAAGCAACCAGUAGAAGCAAUAAUUGUGAUAUAUCAGUGGCGUUAGUAUUAAACACAUAACCACGCGAAGGAAGGAUUAAAAUUUUACGAUUUUUUUAUUGA